GGCGUAGCUGUGGGUGGAGACGGUUAUGGGCGGGAUUUAGGUGUCACACAUUGCCCAACAAGAAACAUCUAAGGAGUGAACCCGCUGUUUCAGAGCUGGUAUUACCUGAGCGAGCAGCACACCUGUGAUCCGGACAGCCUUCAGCAGCAGGAUGAGUGAAUCAGCAGAGGCUGUGGCAGCUAACCUCAAAAGCCGGAGAAAUGUCACCAUCGAGAUCACCAACGUCACCAACAACUUCUGCCUGAUUGACCCCAAGGUUUACCUGAACAGCGGCAACUGCCACAGCCCACCCCAGCCCACCGUGCGACCACUGAAGACUGAGGUGUGCAACUUCAGCAAGACCAGCGCCAAAGCCUCGGGUGCAGUGGGCGUCCUGACCUACGAUGUGUUUGAGAGGAACAGCAAAGGCGCGAAGGAGUCCAUCGCUAUAAUGUUCUCUGUGCCGUACGACUACAACCUGUACCAGAACUGGGUGGCCGUGGGAAUCUACGACAAGGGCAAAGAGUGCGACGAGAGUCUGUACAAAGAGAUGUAUUACAACAAGGAGCAGCGGGGCUUUGUGCGGGCGGAGGCUCACGGCAGCUGCCUCAUGUAUGAAGGCGAGCAGCUGGACAUCCUGUGCACCAUGUCCCCUAUGGGCAGGGCCAUUAUGAAGGUGGAGCUGUGGGACAAGCUCUUCACUCCAAUCACACAGCAGGCUUUCUAAGGCUCAUGAUGAUUUUUUGUCCCAGUAAUCAAGUUUGACACACCAGUGUGUAGUGUUAGCAUAUGUUUAGCCCUUAUACCUGUGCUUUUGUUACCAUCUGUUCAUGCAAUAAAGAGUCUGAUAUGCGUAAACA